GGCUGAGAGACUUGAGCAGAACCCAUGAGGUGGUUACUCUGAAGAGAAUAAGUUUUUCGGUUCGUUCUCAAGCUUUUCGGGGGAGCACAUAACCAUAGUCCGGAGUGCAAAAUCCUUACAGCUUCCAGUGUGUCAAUCGGGCAUUGAGGUAGGCAGGGAUUGCUUUAUCAUAGUCCCUUUACUGAGACCGUUGGAUCGCAGGAAACCGGCGGGGCCCUCUCCUCCUCCAGCACAUUUGCAGAAUUAAAUGCACCGAAGGUAUUAGGCCCUGAUGAGACGGCAUUUGACAGGACAUCUGACUGAAUGGUUGGCCAUGUCAGCGCCAUCAGACGGAGUGCAAUUUUGUCAAUGAUGUCUCCUACCCUCGAUAAUCAUCACCUCAGCUGUGUACUUGAUUUUUUUGGACCUUGCGGAGAUUGUUUUCGCUUUCUUUAGCGGUCUACUGCCCUGGAGCCAGUUGUUGAGUUUGGGUGAUGCAGAGAUUAAAACAGUGGCAUUUGGGUGGAUGACAGUCUCUACUGGGAUGAUCCUCAGAUUCCUCAGAAAUAUUGGUGUCGAAAAAAAAAAUAAAAAAAUAUCGGAACAGCUGAUGUAAGGAGGUAGCGAAGGGAACUCUCCCCAUGCUUGAUGGUUGCAACCAGUACCUGAGGUUGUUGGGGGUAAACUGUCUCAUAGGGUUUGAGCUCUGAGUUCUUAAGAUGAUUCCCUCCUCAGCAAUGGUUACCGGGCAGUGAGAAGCUCAUCUGUCUUUGGAGGGUUGGAUCAAAUCCAAAACCGAUCAAAUCCAAAACCAAGUUGUAGAGAACGGGAAUGACAUGGUGCUGGCCCUUGGUUCGCCAUGACCCAAGAAUCAGCCUGUGUCAAAACAAGUCCACCAGGCCCUUCUGUCAUGGAGGAACAUAGGCUAGCUCUCCGAUGAAAGCAAAGGGCGAAGCGGCGUGAAAGUGGAGGACAAAGGGAAGGAGUCACGGGCGCGCCAUGGUUUGUGCUGUGCACGUUGCCCUGCCAAGCCGUCUUUUGGGUCAAGUGCCAUCCAGUCUAUUGAACCUUGUCACUAGUGACAGUUCUCAGAGCAGAAGGGGUAAUAUGCAUUUGCCACACUGGAAAAGCGAUGCUCUUGUGUGCAAACACUUGGUUCAUCAAUGCUCAGCUCCACUGGCAGCCACACGUGUCAGUAAUGGCAUCGGUGCCCCUUUUCCAGAGCAGAUGCACGCAGAUCGACCGUGUUUUCGAGGUGGAAAGCACCUCGGACACAAGGAAUUGUCCCAGCAAAGUGAGGCUCAGGGAAGACUACUCCUGAAUGCUGGUUGCAUCUGCUCGUCGCCAACCUCCUCAUGGCACCCACCGCUGUCGUCAGACACAGACACGUGUAUGUUGUGGGUGUCAUUCAAAUGCCCAGCACCAAAGCCAUCACUUGUUUCUUCAUCAUCCUCAGCACUCGUAGGUAUGCCUGUGAAGGGGUUACCCCAGUGGCAGACAUCAUCGGCAAGCAGAAUGCGUAACAUGUACACCACAGCUUCAUAUGGCAGGUCAUCAUCCAGCAGCUCAGGAGCCAGACAUGGUGGAAAACCCGAUGAUACAUCUUACUUGAACAUGUGGAAACGUGCAAAAGCAAGAGAGGAGGCUGAACGGAAGAAGAUGAUAAUGACAACAGAAAGACAACAGGAAGGCUCAUCUGGGAGUGGUGUCCAUGUGGGUGAAGACAGGACACAACAGAAACAGUUUUCAGGGGCUCGUGAGACAACAGGAGAGGAUCAUGCAUCGCAAUUGAUAGACCGGGCAACGGCUGCACUAGCUGCAGCACAUGCACUCCUGAGAUCGAGAGACGCAGAGAAAUCGCGGUCCCAGCUCACAUCCAUAAGAGGAAAGCUGUCGCCACGAGCCUCUCUGCUACGAAGCUCGAGAAGUAUGCCUACCCAGGUCGCCCUUCCCUCAGAAACGUCACCUCAGUUCUCACAGUCAUCGCCACCUCCACCGUUGUUGACAGGAUCUGCGCUGGAGGAACGAUUACGGCAGAAGAAAGCAGCAUCUGGAUCUUGGAGGAUGGGAGCAGGCAAAGAGGAGAUGACAGCAGCGACACGAGCCUCUGGAGUGGCUGUUGAUGGAGGCGAAUGCACGGUCACUGAACACGAAGCAACUGCAGGCCAUGGGGAGAAUCCCAGUGUGAGUGUGGAGAAGAUUGAUGAACCUGCUGUACCUGGUCCAGACUUUUGGACCUGGAUCCCACCGCCGGUCUCACAACCUGUGUCUUUGGAAGAUGGGUGGCAUUCUCAUAGUGGUGUCUCGGCUGGUGAAGUUGGCAGUCCCCAGCCCGCUUUGCAAUCUGAGUUCCAGGCAGGUGGGGUAGUAAGCCUCCCUUUCAUGGAGCCAUUAGAGGAUGGAGGGGGAGUUCUCGGUCUGCCGCUGGAGAGACAGGCCUCUACCACAGGUGAGGCAUCAGACUGGGCAGUAAUAUUCCAAAGCAGAGCAGUGAUGCCUCUCCCUCCCCUUCAGACAUUGGUGGAGCUGAGGGAGGCAGACACAGACACACAAGAUGAUGGUGUGGAGACAGGUGAGGGUCAUAUAGAGAAUGAAGAGGGUAUGGAAGAACAGUUAAAGGGCUUCAUGCAGCUCCCACCAGUUGAGGAAAAGGACGAGGACAAGGUGUCGAUUGGCGAGAAUCCUUGGGGAAGGACGACGGCAGAAGAGGGCGUGAAUGCAGAUGGAUCGAGGUGGUGGAAGGAGACUGGGACAGACGAGUUGGAGGACGGUGGGCUCUGCACAUGGGUAGCAAUGAGAGGUUCAUCUGCGGACGGAGAGGUGGAGUGGCAAGAGAAAUGGUGGGAGGCUUGUGGAACCCAUGGGUAUAAAGAGCUCGGCGCGGAGAAGAGUGGCCGUGGUGCUGACGGGUCUGUUUGGAGGGAGACGUGGAGAGAGGCCCUUUGGCAAGAUCGCUACACCGGGCUACCCCACAUUGAGAAAACGGCGGACAAAUGGGGAAAGAAUGGAGAUGAACAGGAAUGGCAUGAGAUGUGGUGGGAGAAUUACGAUGGUCUAGGAAGAGCCAACAAGGGGGCUGAGAAGUCGUGCAGAAUCAAUCCACAGACACCAGUGGAUCCAGGACAUGGCCAUUACUGGCAUGAGAAAUGGGGGGAAGAGUAUGACGGCCGAGGGGCAUCGACGAAGUACACGUGCAAGUCAGCUGAACGGGUUGAGAGAGGUGGCAUGGGAGCCACAAAAUGGGGGGACCAAUGGGAGGACAAAUUUGGCCCCGGUGGUGUGGGAAAACGAAGUGGGGAGACGUGGUGGGAGGGAGAAGACGGACAGAGGUGGAACAGGGUCUGGGGUGAAGAGCACUUUGGCACAGGUCUGGUGAGGAAGACCGGGUACAGCAGCAGUGGGGAGAGUUGGGACACCACCGUGGAGGAACAGGCGUUCUACGCUGAUAAACCACAUUUCGGGUUUCAACAAUGCAUGGAGAAUUCGCGGAGGCUUCGUGAGGUUCAACCCUUUAGGAAGAUCCAGAAAAAGCCACAGCCACAAAAGCAGUGACAAUUUCCCAACAGGAAGGGCUCCCAACCAUCCAUUCAGUGACCUCAAUGAUCAAUCCUAACAAAUGCAACCCACAAGGUAAAGAGAGUGGAAACCAUGGUAAAAAGAGAGCACUUGGCUGGUUAUCGUGCAGUCACUCUAUCCCAGGUUGAAGUUGGUUUGUCUGCCAAUCGAUCACUCAGUUCAAGCAGGUGAAAAUUUGAAAAAGCCAUUUCUGACUCCAUGCUUUUCCAAUUGCCAUGUCGCAGGGAAAUGGAAGGGCCACGACUCAUGGAGCAUAUAAGAAGGCGAAAAGGAAUGUUUACCACCGAGGUUAGGAGCAAGAGGGCAAAAGAAGUGCACACCACACAAAGCAGAUGCACACAGUCACUCUGAGGAGUAAACAGCAGCAAAGACCUGCAGUGCGGGAUGUCAAAUGGAAAUAUUAACGUCAUGGACGUCGCAUCCCACCGCCUCCUUCGUAGUACCGUCAAACCCAAGAGCCACCGAUCAUACUGACAAAAACUGGCGGCGCUCGUCAGCAGCUGAACAAGUCAAAUGCGGACGACUACCUGAAACAGGUCUGCUGACGCCCACGAACUGUUGAAAUGCAGACCUGAGUUCGGAUCCAGAUGGAACCAGAUGAACAACAUUCCUGAAUUACCUGGGGGUCGGUCAGUUUCAGGAUGACAUCUCAAGGCUGUCGCCCUUUUUUUCUAUAGCGCCACUACCUUUCCCGCUGUUGGGAAAACGGGAAAAUAUCCUACUACUAAAAAAUAGGAGGCCGGGCCCGACCACGGCGGCCACUGAUAAAUCUUAUCGGCAGCC